UCCGAUAUUGAUUUUGUUGAAAAUAUUUUUAUUAAUUUCGUAUAUAAAAUCUGCAUCACGUAAUUUAUCAUCAGACGACCAUGGCGAGGGGUGUGUUGCAGUGGUUUUCUGUUCUCCUAAUUGGUGCUGCACUAGCACAGCCGGUCCCGGAUCCUCAAUACCCAUGUGAUCCAUGCGCCGACCCGUGCGACCCAUGCCCCGAACCAGAACCAGACCCAUGCGAUCCUAGUCCACCACCAUGCCCAGACCCUUGCGACCCACAGCCAUGCGAGCCAUGCCAGGAACAAGGUGUCGUGCAGAUCCAGCCGUGCAACCCUAAUGAACCUGACGUGAAUUAUGUGUAUGGCCGUGCACCGUAUGGUUCAGUGCUAGUGAAACCGGGCCAAAUACGUUUCCCCCGACCAGCACCAAUUGUGGUACGUCCAGGGACAGUGAGGCCACCAAAUCCUCCCAUCAUAUAUGUCAAACCUGCCCCAGUGCAACCACCAACACCUGCACCGAUAUACGUCAAGCCACAGCCAGUACAACCACCGACACCCUCACCCAUUACUGUGAGACCUGCCCCCGUUAACCCCCCAAGGCCAAGACCCAUCCUAGUCAGACCUCCACCUGUUGUACCUCCUAGGAUACCAUCAAUAAGAGUACAACCACAAAAGGUCUGCCCACCAACGCCACCCGCUCUCGUGGUUCAACCACCAAGACUAAUCGUCCCACAACCCCCCAUCAUCUGUUUUAAGCCAAACCCAACAAUUCCAGUACGAACAUGUGGUUGUGCACGCGUAAGCCUUUACAACCCAUGCCCACCACCACCACCACCAUGCCCACCACCACUCCCACCAUGCCCCUGCCUUUUAUAGAUAUGCCAAAUCAAAGCAUUCACUACUGAAUAUAAGUUCCAAUUGACCUCUGCACACUAAAUGGCCGGUUGAAGAUCUAAGAGACUUCCACCUUCUCUAGUACGCAGUCCAUGAAAAUACCUAGCCAGACCUAAAACUGGAUAUAACGAGAACAGAUGAACUAUUUCUACUCUAUUCUCGAAAGCACAGCAAUAGUAGAAGCGGGCUUGCAGUUGUGUGUGUAAAUGUGACACGUGACCACAGCGUAUUCUUAUGUGUCCGGUCAAAGGGAAUUGAUAUUCAUUAUUUGUUUAUAUUAUAUAUUAUAGUAUUUAUGAAGCUAUGUUUGUAAAUGUGUGAUGAUUAAAAUAUAUAACGGGUAUUUUUGCAA